AAGGAGUACACGUUCGACGGCGUGUUCGACCAGGAAUCCAACCAAAAGGAAGUUUACGAGGACGUGGGUAAGCCCGUGCUCAAGGAUGUGCUCCAGGGGUACAACGGAAGCAUCUUGGCGUACGGCCAGACGGGCGCGGGCAAGACGCACUCGUUGUUGAACAGCGGCAUGGGCGUGGACGGCAAGCCCGACCCGAAGCAGGCAGGUUUGCUCCCCAGGCUCGUCGCGGCGCUCUUCGUGCACGUGGGCGCCGAUGUGAAGCACGUGUACACAGUGGAGGCGAGCAUGCUGCAGAUUUACAACGAGCAGGUGGACUGCCUCCUCGGCGACGAUCGCGAGAAGGCGCAGGGGCUUCAGGUGACGGGCAAAUCCGAGGUGAAGGGCCUGGUGUGGCACAAGUGCAAAACGCCGAACGAGCUCCUCCAGUGCUUUCAGAAGGGACGUAUGAACCUGGUGUACGCGGAGACGAAGAUGAACAAGUCUUCCAGCCGCUCGCACGCGGUUUUCCAGAUCAAGGUUUCAAAGCGGCCGAGGGCGCUCGACAAGACCGGUACCAAGGGUGGCAAGGUUGAGAUGAAGGCGACGUUCGGAAAGCUCACCGUGGUCGACCUCGCGGGUUCGGAGCGAAUCAAGAAGAGCGGGGUCACCGGCACGCAGCUCAAGGAGGCCACGAACAUCAACUCCAGCCUCCUCUCCUUCGGGAACAUCGUCCAGGCGCUGGCCGAGAAGAAGAAAUUCAUCCCGUACAGGGACUCGAAGCUCACCAGGAUCCUGGAGGAUUCCGUCGGCGGCAACUGCAAGACGAGCCUGCUGGUGUGCUGCUCGCCCUCCGCGGAGUCAUCCGACGAGACUGUGAGCACGCUCGAGUUUGCAUCCCGCGCCGCGCGCAUCGAGAUCACCGCCACGAUCAACGAG